AUGGCGUCCGCUUUCCCUUGCAGCGACACUCUGCUCUACUGGCUGACCAAUCUUGUGGCCGCUUUCUUCCUUUCGGCCGCCCACAACGUCCUUUACUUCGUACUGGACAUUCGGACUCCGGUGCUCCAUUUUUUGCACCAUUUUAUCACUUUUGGGGUACUAGCGUAUCAUACGUUUGUGUUGAAACAAUGGCCACAGAAGAAAAAAUUGCCAAGUUUGCGUAGCGUGGUACCAAGUGUGAUACCGGCAGUGGUACUGCAGUUGAUUUGUACCAUAUUGUCGUCGAGAAUUCAUUCGCAAAAUAGGACUGGGAGCUUGUAUUUGUUGAGGUAGGUUGUUGAAUAAUAAUUUUUGAUAAUGAGUAGUGCUAUUUAGGACAAAAAGGCAUUAAUUUAGUAUGUUCUUACCAUGGAAUUGCGCCAAAUAGUCCUCGGCGUUUGGUAGUGGAUAUUUGGUGCAACUGCCUUGUCAGUACCUAACAUUCAACCUUUUUUGUUAAUUUAUAAAACGAUAUUGUUUUAGGUUAUCGGACUUCUUGAUAACAUGUUCAGCUCUCAUUUUGCAAUCAAAGUUCAAUAAGUUGAGUCAAGUACGUCCGUACUGGGCGUAUACUGUACGUUUUUUGAUUUUUUAAAAAUUUCUUGUAUUUUUAGUUUUUUUUUUUAAUUUUUAAAUAAUUUUUUUAUAUUUUUUAUAUAAUUUUUGUUUUGAAAGUCUGUAUUAUUGACCUUACGAUUACAGCUACCAGUAGCCCUAUCCGCCUCGUUAUCAUGGCUCGAGUUCUCUCACAUCGAGUAUGACAGUAUGGCCAUGUUGCUAUCGCCAAUGCACGGUAUUCUACAAGGAUUACAUCUUGUACUCCUCAACAAAGCUUAUCAUAUCAACAGUAGUUUGGUCGAUUUAGAAGGAUUUGCUCUAGUCUAUACUGGAAUGGUCUCAGCUGGACUGGCGUUGCCAGCAUUGAUAUCCUACAAUGCUUCAGUGAUAUCUUAUGAUGCUAGCUGGGAGUCUAUUGAUUAUGUAAGUUAAUAUGGUGUUAUAGGGAGGGGUUAGCCGAAUAUUUUGUUUUGAGAGGGGGAGGAACAACAAUUGUUUUGAAUUUUUUUUAGAGGUGAAGGCAGGGUCAAUUUUUAAGCGUAAACAACUCUUAAAUUUACCCCUCCCCCACUUUUUUUCUAAAAUUAUCCCUCCAAAACCUACUAUAACAUACCUUUAGGUAAUGAUCGGCCUCUCCUUCAUGUACAUGGCCAUUUUCAAGUACAGCGAGCUUUGGUUGAUAACUCAAACUGACCUCCGAACGUACUGUACUCUAGAGCAUUCCAAGUACUUCUUGGCUAGUUGUGGCCAAUGGUUUCUACAGAACAUGGCCCAUGCUACAGUAUACGCAUUUUGCGGUAAAAUUCUGUUUUUGGGUUCCAUUUACAGAUAUUGGAGUUAUGUUAGGAACAGGGUCUAA